GAGUACGACAACUUUAUCUUCUAACACAGAGAGCUCUGAUGAGACUGACGAUGUGUUCAACGUUGUACUCAGAGUCCGCCCGUUCAACUUACAGGAGAGGGAGCGGCGUGACAAGUCUGUCAUAGAGUACCCUGGCGACGACCAAGUGGCUGUAAAAGUGUUUGAGAACUGUGGCAUCAAGAAACUCGUGGAGGCUGCACUCACUGGAUUCACAUGCACUGCGUUUGCUUUCGGUCAGACAGGAAGUGGGAAAACUCACACAAUGACUGGACCUCCAUCCCAGUUCCAGAACAGAGUCACCCCGGAUCCCAAAUCCUACGGCAUCAUCCAACGAUCAUUCAAAUAUUUGUUCCAACUACUCACGCAGCAACCGACGCCCAAAGUCAUCAGAGCGUCCUAUCUUGAGAUCUACAACGAGCAGGUGAUUGACCUCCUCAACAAGAGCCACGGCCGCUAUCUAUCGGUGCGGUGGAGCAAAAACAAAGGCUUUUACGUGGAGAACUUGUUCACGGUCAUCUGUAACACGGCAGACGACCUCAUGGCCGUUCUGGAUGAGGGUCUACACAACCGACAGAAUGGCUCGCACGGGUUGAACGAGUUCUCCAGCAGGUCUCACAGUGUCCUUACUGUCUCCAUCGACUCUGAGAUGCGCCUGGAUCCAGAAGAGGAUAACCUCUACAUAACAAACAAGGGGAAGCUAUCCUUUGUUGACCUGGCAGGAAGUGAGAAGGUCAAGGACUCAGGAAGUGGCGGCCCGGGUAUCAUGGAGUCCAACAGCAUCAACAAGAGUUUACUUGUGCUGGGAAACUGUAUUUCCCAUCUGGGUGACUCGAAGAGGCGCCUUGGCCACAUCCCGUACAGGGACAGCAAGUUGACCAAGCUACUGUCAGACAGUCUUGCUGGGAAUGGAAUUACGCUUAUGAUUGCCUGUAUCACGCCAUCGGCUGCCAAUGUGACUGAAACAGUCAAUACACUGAGAUAUGCCAGUCGGGCCAAGAGAAUCAAGACCAAACCAACGGUGAAAAUGGACCCCAGGGAGACACUAAUCGUCACAUUAAAGCGGGAAAUCAGAAUUCUGAGACAAGAAAAUCACUAUUUACGGCAACAGCUCGACUUUCCGGCGAAACCCAAAGGACAGCUGCAGAAAGAAAACGACGAACAGUUCAUGAAGUUCAUGAAACAACAACAGCAAAAGGAGACGGGACUCUACGAGAUGCUACAGGAGUACAUGGUCGAGAAUGAAUCGCUGAGGUCUGAGAACUCGCAGCUGCACACGGUCAAGGACAGCAUGCGGAGAGAGCAGCAGACUCUACACGAUGAGAAUGAGAUGCUUGCCCAGAGGGUGGAGCAGUUAGAGAGAUUAAUGUCGCAACAACUGCCAGGCAUCUGGCCCUCAGAAACUCACCCCCAAAUAAAUGGGCACAGCCAGUGGGGUCAACCACUCAAAGGGUCACUACCGAAUAUCAGCCACACAAGUCCGCCUCAGAGACCACAAAUCCGAUCGAAUGAUUUGACAAAUGGUGUAGGAAGGUUUAAACAGAGGUCACCGGUCAGUCAUGGGCAGCCAGUACGUCCACCUCACAGAAUCACGGAUAAUAUGUCCUAUCCGGCACCCAGGCCCGUUGAAUACAUCGAAUCCAAUGCUCACCCUGACAACUUCAUGUCUCCUCGUCACACCACACUUGGUAAAAACCCAGGUGUGUCCUCAAGACAGAAAGAAGCACGGACUCCUGGAUCUCAGAUAGGUUUGAUCCAGGGCAUGAACGAGAAGCUUCUAAAGGAGGUCAUGCAGCUGGAUGGAGAGAUACAACAGCACAACAAGACAGCACAUGUGGCCAAACGCAGCAGCAAAGAUUUCUACAGAUGA